AUGUUGAACAAAAUUAAAGUGACAGAGGAUGACUUGGCAUUGAAAGAGGAUGACUUGGCAUUGACAGAUGAUGACUUGGAAGUGACAGAGGAUGACUUGGCAUUGACAGAGGAUGACUUGGAAGUGACAGAGGAUGACUUGGCAUUGACAGAGGAUGACUUGGCAUUGACAGAGGAUGACUUGGAUGACUUGGCAUUGACAGAGGAUGACUUGGAAGUGACAGAGGAUGACUUGGCAUUGACAGAGGAUGACUUGGAAGUGACAGAGGAUGACUUGGCAUUGACAGAGGAUGACUUGGCAUUGACAGAGGAUGACUUGGCAUUGACAGAGGAUGACUUGGCAUUGACAGAGGAUGACUUGGAAGUGACAGAGGAUGACUUGGCAUUGACAGAGGAUGACUUGGAAGUGACAGAGGAUGACUUGGCAUUGACAGAGGAUGACUUGGCAUUGACAGAGGAUGACUUGGCAUUGACAGAGGAUGACUUGGAAGUGACAGAGGAUGACUUGGCAUUGACAGAGGAUGACUUGGCAUUGACAGAGGAUGACUUGGCAUUGACAGAGGAUGACUUUGAAGUGACAGAGGAUGACUUGGCAUUGACAGAGGAUGACUUGGCAUUGACAGAGGAUGACUUGGAAGUGACAGAGGAUGACUUGGAAGUGACAGAGGAUGACUUGGCAUUGACAGAGGAUGACUUGGCAUUGACAGAGGAUGACUUGGAAGUGACAGAGGAUGACUUGGAAGUGACAGAGGAUGACUUGGCAUUGACAGAGGAUGACUUGGAAGUGACAGAGGAUGACUUGGCAUUGACAGAGGAUGACUUGGCAUUGACAGAGGAUGACUUGGAAGUGACAGAGGAUGACUUGACAUCAACAGAGGAUGACUUGGAAGUGACAGAGGAUGACUUGGCAUUGACAGAGGAUGACUUGGAAGUGACAGAGGAUGACUUGGCAUUGACAGAGGAUGACUUGGCAGUUUGCUAUGUCACAAAGUCCGAACAAGGUUCUCGUCCUGCAGAUAUUGGCGGUGAUGGAGAUGGGUACGAGGGGUAUCAUUAUCAGUCAAAGUUAAAUGGUUUGAGAUGCUUGAAUCGUCAUUUGGGGAUUGCCUCAGAGCCUCAGGCUCAGAUUGCAGUUGGAAUUUCAAAGUCUUCGGACUAG